AUGGCAACAAGUUCUGUUUCAACAAAUAUUCCAAAAAAGUCCGUAAAAGAUUUUAAAUUUGUAAAAGAAAUUGGCACUGGCUCUUAUUCAACAGUAUUUUUUGCCAUUGAAAAAGCAACAGAUCGUGAAUUAGCUAUCAAAGCGGUCGACAAAGAAUUAAUCAAACGAUUGAAGAAAACUCCAGAAGUUUUUCGAGAGAAAGAAAUUCUUACUCGAUUAAACGAUUGCGCUUUUGCGGUUAAACUUUAUUGUACAUUUCAAAAUGAAAGCACACUUUAUUUUGGUUUAACAUACUGUUCGAACGGUGAUCUUCUGCAAUACAUCAAUGAUGCCGGUCAUUUUCAAGAAGACAUUGUACGUUUUUAUUCUGCUGAACUUGUUGAAGCACUCGAAAAACUUCAUGUUAGAAAUAUAAUCCAUCGAGAUCUGAAACCGGAGAAUAUUCUUUUAACUGAUGAUAUGCAUAUUCAGUUAACUGAUUUUGGUUCUGCAGUUAUUAUUGAUAAUAAUGAAGUAUCUGCAACAGACGGAACUGAUAAUUCAAAUGGCGAGAAAAAAUCAGUCGAACGAAAAAAUUCAUUUGUUGGCACAGCUCAAUUUGUAGCACCUGAAAUUCUACAACGUGGUCCGGUGCAUAUCGGAUCUGAUAUUUGGUCACUUGGUUGUGUUAUCUAUCAAAUGGCUACCGGUAAACAUUUAUUUCAUGGCCAUCAUGAAUAUGAUAUUUUCAAUGCUGUAGUUCGUGUUGCUUAUAAAUUACCUGACGAUUUUCCAAAUACUAUUGGUGAUCUUAUACAAAAACUUGUCCGUUUUAAACCCGAAGAACGACUUGGUAGUGAAGAAACAGGUGGAAUGACGAAAUUAAAAGAACAUCCAUUCUUCACUACAGAUUCUUAUGAAACCAAAUGGGGAAAUCUGUGGAGUCAAAAAUCACCGCUUGCAGCUAAAGCAAAACUUAGUUCAAGACCCAAAGAUAAUGAAUGA